AAUUAAAGGUGAUUAAGAUUUUGAUUUUCAGAGGAAGGGAAAAACAGCAGUAGCUCUGUAGCUCAUGUUAAGUUCAUUUAUUUUAAUGCUAUAAGAUUUUGUGAAUUGAUUCAGAGAUUGUUAAUCACCAAAUAUUUUACACUAACUGUGGGUUGAGUGAAUAAGGGGCAGAAAUUUAAAUUCUUGUUUUGGAGUUGACUUGCCUGAAGAUGAGUAUGGACAUCGACAAGGAAGAAAGUUUCUGUUUGCAGUCCAUUGACAUGGACCUGACCUGUAACACUCCUCCUGUCAACACUUCAGCCCAGCAGACUGAAGCUCCUGGUGGUGCUGAGCAGCAGACGAUGAAAGUUUACCUCCGAGUCAGGCCUUUCUCUAAAGAGGAACUCCAUGACAAUGAGGAUCAGGAUUGUGUUGUGAUUGAAAACAGUGAGACGGUGACCCUGAAUGCACCGAAAGGCUCUGCCACCAUGAAGAGCAGUGAGAAAGGAAUUGGAUUGUCUCUUCACAAAUUCUCGUUCUCGCAGAUCUUUGGGCCAGAGACAACACAGGCUGAGCUGUUCGAGGACACGGUCAGAAGCCAAAUGACGGAUUUCUUGGAGGGAAGGAAUGCAUUGAUAUUCAGCUAUGGUGUCACCAAUGCUGGGAAGACCUUCACAAUCCAAGGGACGACAAAAGAGCCAGGAAUACUGCCACGAGUGUUGGACGCCACCUUUCACUACGUUGGAGAUCAUCAGUAUGAGGAAAUGGACCUGAAGCCCUACCUCAGGAACGGUGCACAGUUACUGGAUCCUCACCAAGUCAAGCAGGAGAGGAGUGCUAAAGCGGCCAUCUUUGCUUCAGUAAAAGAAGAGUGCGAUUCGUUCAGAGCCAGCGGUGGAUCGGACUCUCUGUCCUCUUCUGCCCGCAGUCUCUCAUCCUCUUCUUUGUCUUACAGUCAGACAGUUGUGGACACCCACGCCCCAGAAUCAAACGGCAGCCAGUUUGCCUUAUGGGUGGCGUUCUUUGAAAUCUACAACGAGUGCGUAUAUGAUCUGCUUCAACCUUCUGUGCUGUCCAAGAAACGAGCCACUCUUCGUGUGUGUGAUGACGGGGCUGGGAAUGCUUACGUUAAAGACCUCAGGUGGAUCAACGUCCAGAACCUGGGUGAAGCCUGCAAGCUGCUACAGUUUGGAAAUAAAAACCGAAGCGCUGCAGCUACUAAGAUGAACCAGUCCUCUAGCAGAAGCCACAGCAUAUUUACCAUGAAGUUGAUGAAGAUUGAUGGAGGAACAGUUGAAGGAAUCUCAGAGUUUUCCCUGUGCGACCUGGCCGGCUCUGAGAGAUGCAACAAGACCAAGACAUUUGGCGAGAGGCUGAAGGAGGCAGGAAAUAUAAACAAUUCCCUGCUUAUUCUAGGAAAGUGCAUCACUGCACUUCGCAACAAUCAGACCGACAGAAUGAAGAGCAGCUACAUUCCUUUCCGAGAAAGCAAGCUCACCAAGCUCUUCCAGGCCGUUUUCUGCGGCAAAGGUAGAGCGUCGAUGAUCGUCAACAUCAACCAAUGCGCUUCCACCUACGACGAGACGCUCCAUGUCAUGAAAUUCUCUGCCGUUGCCAAACAGGUGGUGCAGGUGAUCCCAGACAGGUCUCUGGAAUCUCUGGCUCCUUGUCUGGUCGGUCGAGACGGGAGGCCUCUGGUGAGGAAUGGGGUGAUUGACAGCGAGGCCCUGGAGUACUCCCUGUCUGAAGAGAAGCUGCUUGAUGAGGAAGAUGAGGCCGACAUAAGUUUGCUGCCACAGAGUGAGCUUGUGAGCAUGAUUGAGGAUCUGCGAACAAAAUUGCUGGCCGAGCAAAGAAAAAACCUGGCGCAGGAAAUAGAAAUCCGCAAGGAGAUGGGAGACGCCAUGCUGCAACAGCUCAUGGUGAAUGAAAAACUGCGCACUCAACAGAUAGAGGAGCUGAAGGAGAGCUACGAAGACAAACUGGAGUACACUUUAGAGAUGUACAAAGACGCUAUCAAAGAGUAUGCUUACGAGAGCGCUCUGAAAGAUCUAGAAGAGGACUACGUACCUCUCGAUGAGUUGACUGCCGAACAGGAGAAAGUAGAGGUACUGAGAUGCAAAGUGUCCGAGUUGGAGAUUUUAGUAUCCAGUACCCGAGCCGUUUCUGUAGUUCCAUCAGUGGACCAGUCGUGCCAGAUUCAAACAAUUAGAGCAAGAGAAGAAGCAGAGGACGAUCGAGUCAAACGGCUUUACAAAGAAAAAUGUGCACUGGAGAUGAUGUGUGAGGAUAAACAACAGUUAAUUUUAUCCCUAGAGAAAAGGCUCGUGGAGCUUGGUAAAACACUACAGCAGGUCAGAGAUGACUUCCUGGACAAAUCAGCUGAGUUGGAGGCUCUGCAUAAGAAGGCCAAUGAUCAGACUAAAUCCAUGGAAGACAUUAUAAAGCAAAAUGUUGAAAAGGACCGUGAGAUUGCCUCGCUCAGUGCAGAGCUCGCCAAGCUCUCCCCGAAGUCCCCAAUGCAGCCAAAAACCAAGCGAGGCCUGCUCGCCAACAUCAGGGAGGCAGUCACGUCUCCACGCAAGGGUUCGACCCGCCGGACAAUCAAGAAAACUGCUAGGACUGUACACCACUGAAAAGCCCGACAACUGGACUCUAAAGACUAAAGUCAUUAAGUUGAGAUUUGUUUGUUAAAUGUCUUUCGUGCAGGUUUAAGGCAGCUGUUGGAACCAUUUAUUCAAUGUUUUCCAGGUCUAGUAUGUGUUUUUAAAUGUUAUUUUAAUAAAAUUGACCAGACUUGUA